UGGGAUUCAGAGAGGUCGGCCCGGCUGCGAGAAAGGGAAGGGCGCGGUUGUCUCACUUCGGGCAUCCCUGUCUUGGUUAAACUCAGGAAAUUUACAAAACAACAUUUGGGAGCGCUUGGUCAGAACGCAGAGACAGACACAUUCCGGGAGGACGGGACGGUGGCGGGGAGAUCGGGAGUGAAGGGGUGAACAAAUUAAGGAGGACACUCGUGCUGAAACAACCCGUCGCCGCGCCCUGUAAGGCAGAGGACAGUGAGCCCCUUCGGGCCCGGAGGACGGCACUUCGCACCCGCUCCCUAAGCUUGGCCCCGCCUCCGUUGCUCGGUCCCGGAGGCCGGGCGGGGUGAGCCGAGUGAGUGCGCAGGCGCCUCGCGGCGGGGCAGGGCGGACCGCCGGCCACGUGCAACCGCCCCGCCCACCAGCUACUCCACCAUGGGUUCCUGCGGGACUGUGGGUCCUGUGCGCGCGCGCUACCUCGUGUUCUUCCAGUAUUUGGGCACGGACUUCAAUGGGGUCGCGGCCGUGAGGGGUAACCAUCGCGCUGUUGGGGUGCAGAACUUCCUGGAGGAGGCCGCCAAGCGCCUGAACUCCGUUGAGCCCGUCAGGUUUACUAUCUCCAGCCGCACUGAUGCCGGGGUGCAUGCCUUGAGCAACGCGGCGCACCUGGACAUCUGUCGCCGCUCCGGCCUGCCGCCUUACUCCCCGGAGGUCGUGACCCAGGCCCUCAACACCCACCUGAAGCACCGCGACAUUCGCGUACUGAAGGCCUUCCGAGUGCCCAAUGACUUCCAUGCACGCCGUGCAGCCACCUCCAGAACCUACCUAUACCGUCUGGCCACAGGCUGCUCCUGGCCUGAUCAGCUGCCCGUGUUUGAGCAGAAUGUAUGCUGGGCUCUCCAGACAAAGUGCCUGGAUGUGGCUGCCAUGCAGGAGGCUGCCCAGCACCUCGUCGGGACACAUGAUUUCAGUGCUUUCCAGUCUGCCGGCAGCCCAACCACAAAUCCCGUGCGCACACUACGAAGAGUCUCUGUGUCUUCUGGUCCAGCCAGCCUAUUUGCCCUCCCCCAGGAGAGCAGGAAGCUGCAGUUCUGGACGCUGGAGUUUGAAAGCCAGUCUUUCCUGUAUCGACAGGUACGGAGGAUGACAGCUGUGCUGGUGGCUGUGGGGCAAGGGACCCUGACACCUACACAGGUGAAAGCCAUUCUGGAGAGUCAAGAUCCCUUGGGCAAGUAUCAGACUCGAGUUGCCCCAGCCCGUGGCUUGUUCUUGAAGUCAGUGCUAUAUGAUGAUUUCGGUCCUACAUCCUGAGCCCUAUAAGGUCCAAUGUGGAAACCAGCUGACUGUACCCUCAGUGGAGGUGAAGAGCCACACAGCAGACUGUCUGACCGACAGCCUUACUCAGUGUUUACUGCACUCAGCAGAGACUAACCCACAGCUCUGUGGGGCUCUGGUAGUCCUGCCUACCUUUCUGCAGCUCCCACCUCCCCAGUCUUUCCACCGUGGACAUCACUUUGUCACUAAUGAUGGGGUGCCAGGCAGGAAACAGCUGUAAGCACCCAAGUAGCUUCUGUUUUCCUGGGAGCCCCAUCCUCUAGGGAUAAGGGAGUAGGAAUA